CAUUGUCAACUCGAAAAAUGAUAAAUAAAAACAAAAAUCUAUCUGAAUUUAUGAUAAUGUCAGAGAAAAUAAUUGAAAAAAUACUCUAAAGAUCUAAAAUCGUAUAGUAACCAUGGCGGUUUACGCUGCUCAUCUAACACGAACUCUUCAAGGUACACCUUCGGUAUUUCAAAUUGCUGCUCAAGAAGCCUUGGGGGCAACGGUCAAACCUGCGUUGAAAAGACUUGCAGAGUACCUAGCAGUUGUCAAUCCACAAAGAUAUGCAUGGUGUGAGAGAUGGUACGACGAGUUGUAUUUACUGUUAGAUUUCUGCUUGCAGUAUCAUUAUUUGAAACAUUAUGCUGCUUCGUUCUCAGAGUGUUUCUAUGGCUUAUUACGAGUACCUAUAAGUCCAAGCAAUGAGUUUCAUUCCGGUGUUCGAUUACCUGAACUAUUGGAAAAAGGUUCUUUAUUACUUCUUGUUCUGGUACCCUAUAUCAAAGAUAAAGUUGAGAAAAUUGUUGAGAAAUGGAGGGAAGACUAUGAAGAUGGAAAACUUGGCAAGAGUAUAAGUCAUCAAGCACGUAAAUCAGCGAUUAAGUUAUAUUCAAUAGCACAUUUCGUAUUAGAAGCAGCAAAGUUUGUCCAGUUAGCUCGCUAUUUGACUGGUAGUACAUUAUCUCCGGCAUUGGACUUUGCAUUACUUGGCCUUACAGUGAAGGAAGCACCAACUCCUGAACCUGAAGAAUACUGUUGGUCUGAUUUAUUUAAAAGUCUUCGGACUGGACAAAUUAGUGAUGUGACACUUACUUUCCCAUUACUGGGUCGUGGGUUACUUAAUGUUGUGCAGUAUGGUGCAUUUGGUGUUCAAUUACUGAGAUGGUGGGAGGCGAAAGCUUCACCAAUCACUUCACUACCUUUGCCCACACCACCACAGAAAAGUGAUCAAGCGGUUAGAUGGAAGAACAAAUGUCCUGUAUGUUUGCAACCAUGGAAAGUACCCACUGUUUUACCUGUGUCCGGAUUCGUAUUCUGUUACGGAUGUGUAUCGAGACACGUGCGUGCAAACGGCACUUGCCCCGUCACAAAACUAUGGGUCUAA